CCAGCGGAUACCACUCAGCCUCGGGUUGUGGAGCCAGCAUCGCAGGCAUCAGGCAUUGCAGCAGGCGGCAGGCAUUGUGCCGACAGACGGCAGACGUCCACCCAGCGGCCGGGUGCAACCAAGACCCCACGAUGACUCUGAAUAAUGUCACCAUGCGCCAGGGCACUGUGGGCAUGCAGCCACAGCAGCGCUGGAGCAUCCCUGCUGACGGCAGGCAUCUGAUGGUCCAGAAGGAUCCCCACCCUUGCAACCUCCGCAACGGCCACUGCACCGCUCCUGAGGACCACUGCCGGCAAAGCUGGUCCUCCGACUCCACGGACUCCGUCAUCUCCUCUGAGUCGGGGGGCACCUACUACCGAGUGGUGCUUAUCGGCGAGCACGGGGUGGGCAAGUCUACCUUGGCCACCAUCUUUGCAGGCGUGCAUGACAGCCUGGACAGCGGCUGUGAGGUCCUGGGAGAAGACACAUAUGAGCGCACCCUGGUGGUUGAUGGAGAGAGUGCAACGAUUAUUCUCCUGGACAUGUGGGAAAAUAAGGGGGAGAGCGAAUGGCUCCAGGACCACUGCAUGCAGGUCGGGGACGCCUACCUGAUCGUCUACUCUAUCACAGACCGAGCGAGCUUUGAGAAGGCCUCCGAGCUAAGGAUCCAGCUCCGCAGGGCCCGGCAGACAGAAGACAUCCCUAUCAUUUUGGUCGGCAACAAAAGUGACUUAGUGCGGUGCCGAGAAGUGUCUGUGUCAGAAGGGAGAGCCUGUGCAGUGGUGUUCGACUGCAAAUUCAUCGAGACCUCUGCGGCCGUGCAGCACAACGUGAAGGAGCUGUUUGAGGGCAUCGUGCGGCAGGUCCGCCUGCGCCGGGACAGCAAGGAGAAGAACGAGAGGAGGCUGGCUUACCAGAAGAGGCGGGAGAGCAUCCCCAGGAAAGCCAGGCGCUUCUGGGGCAAGAUUGUGGCCAAGAACAACAAGAACAUGGCCUUCAAGCUCAAGUCGAAAUCCUGCCAUGACCUCUCUGUGCUCUAG